GUCCAUCCCCGUGUCGCUCUGCGAAAGUAUCAAGCCGUGAUACCAAUCUCUCACGUCGCCAACGCCAUCUCCACCGUCCUCUUGACCUUUGCCUAUCAUCAGUCAAGAUGGCUGACCCGGCGCCCUUCUCGGAGACCGAGACACGUCUUUUUGCUCAACUCUGUGAGGCCACCCACACAACAAGCGAGGGUCAAAAGAAUAUGCUCCGCGCAUUCCUUCGCGAUGAAUUGGCCUCCGAGUGGACUCGGUUGGUGGAGUCGAUGGAUGCAAAUGGCCCUAUGAGCGUACUGACCGAAGAUGAGUUGAAGUAUUCUCUGCAUAUGGAUGGCCGCUCACCAGCUGGUGCCCCUGAAGCUGGUCAAAAGGGCAUUGACCCCAGCGCUGUCAAGACAGCGUCUCAUGACAUACUACAAUACAACGAUGCUCUUGAAAAGCUUCUAUCGAAGUACAAGGAAUGCAUCCGCCGUAGUAUCGUAAAUAUUCGAUCUUUUCCGAAAGCGCACAGGGUAGCCUCCGUGACCGAGCAGAAAAUCGCGGCCCUUGCUUUGAGAAGAGAUCUCGUUGAGAAGGAGAUCCAUGCCCUGCAAGGCAAGGCCCGCGAUCGUAUCGACUUACUCGAGGCACUCGUACGUACCGAGUCCAAGGUAGCAGAGAACGAUGGCGACUUCUACGACCAGAACUACAAGCUUAUUUCUUUAUCCCGAGCACUAGAAGCGACGUUUCCCUCGUAUGACCACAUUCUGAGUAGACUGAAGGCUCUCCGUUGGGAACUGAGUUACGACACGGCUGAGAACGAAACAAUUCUUCAGACAGCCAGACUUCAUGCCAGCCAGGUCGUGCUAUCACUGGCCACCAAAUGCCGUGCCUCGUUGGAUACGGUCUUCUUGGAGGCUUCUCAGACGUAUAACAAGGAUACCCCAUAUCUUUCUGGGCAUGCCCGAGCUAUCAAUGAGGAGCGAAACGCGGUAUAUGCCGAGAUACAAUCUCUUUGGGAUGAGAUGGUACCGCUCGCACACAUGGUUGUCGAAAAGGAGUUCCUUAGACCUAUCUUAAGAAGGGUCCAGAUGGGGAACGAGAAACAGGCUAUGCGAGAUGCUGCCGUUUCUGCCUACAUCUCCGCGAUGCUUCGCUUCAUGAACCACCGGCUUCGCGUGCUUGCAGACCGCAUCAAGAUGCUCGUAUAUCACCAUCAGACCCUAUUCAACGCCUUCGCCUAUGUGAAGAGGAGGACGGACCCCCAGCCGAUCGGCGAACCGAGACCCACAAAGGCUCAUGUUGCCCGUAGCGAUAUCAAUGACGAUACUGACGGACCCACACUGCUCGAGAAUAUGCAGCGUCAGAUGGAGCUAUACGGAUCCAUCCCGAUCGAUGUUGGGGAAUUUUACCGUGCACCUCGCUUUAAAGUUACUAAACUCGAUCGCUAUACCCUUACACGGCAGUCAAAGGGCGACGAGCUCGCGAGGAGCAUGCACAAGCUUUUCGAGAUUGCUGUUGCGGCGGAGCUAACCGAUACCGAACUUGGAGGUCAGCUUCUUCUGGAUUCUGUCGUAGCCGACAGCGGUUCUGGCUGCCGGGCGGGCGGGCGGGUCUACGAAGACCAGCAAGUCGAAGAUUCGGUAUCUGCGAUGAGGUCCCAGGUAGAAGAAGUGCAAGCCGUCUUCAGACAGCUCCGGAAUGAGGGAGAGGUUGCCCCAUCUUCAGCCCCCGAUUUCGUCGCGUAUGCAUUCAACAAGGUAGCUAAGCAACUUGCCACUAAGAAUGGCGAAGGCUGCUAUCACCUUGAUAAGCAAGGCGAGGUUACCUGUCGAAACUGCAACCGUUGUCUGAAGUUCGCCGCGCUCAUCCGCAAAUGGGACGACCCAGCUAUUUUCACGAGCUAGAUUCCAUCUAGUACCCGCGUACGUUACUGUCGCUCGAGGGCGCGCGCUUGCAAUUCCGUACCUCGGAAGUGUCCCUCGUCACGAUGUUAGUAAUAUCGGCGAUGCCACAAGGGGUCUAUCGUGUUCCCCCUGGGAUGGUUGGCACAUUCCCCUUCACAGGACGAUACUAUUCCGUUUUGUUGUUCGAGGCCAAGUCGACUCAGCCCGAGAAGAGGCCAUAUUUUGAUGGAACGACGACACGGUCACAGACUCGGAUGGAGGCGUACGUAG